AUGGACACCUUCAUUACAGACAAGACUAUGUUAAUGUACCUGAUCAUGCUGAGCUUGGUAAUUGGGAGCAGCCAAGGGUGCUUCUGUGAACAUUACCCGUGGGGGCCAUGGUCAGCCUGUUCACAAACCUGCAAUUAUGGCACCCAGAUCAGGCACAGGCAAAUAAGGAUGGAUGAAUAUUAUAGCCAAAACUUCUGUGACCAGCUGUGCACAAAGCAGCAAUCCCGUGCAUGUAACCAGCAAACAUGUCCUAUCAACUGUCAUCUUGGAGACUUUGGCCCUUGGUCAGAAUGUGACCCAUGUGUUAAAAAACAGUUUCGUGUCCGCACACUCCUGCGACCGUCCCAGUUUGGGGGUCAGGCCUGUACUGAGCCACUGGUGGACUCCCGUCCAUGUUUCCCAGCUAAGCUCUGCAACAUUGUGGAAGUCAAUUGCAAGAACAAGUUUCAGUGUGAAAGUGGUCGCUGUAUUGCAAAAAAAAUGGAGUGUAAUGGAGAAAAUGACUGCGGAGACAACUCUGAUGAAAGGAAUUGUGGAAGGAAAAAGACUGUGUGUAACAGAAAGUAUGAGCCCAUCCCAGGUGUACAUUUAAUAGGCAGUGGAUUUCACAUUCUGGCAGGAGAGAGCCGAGGGGAAGUCCUUGGCAACUCAUUCAAUGGAGGACAAUGCACAACAGUGAAGCGCAAUGAGACAAGGAAGUCGUAUCGUGUUCCUGCAAACCUGGAGGCUAUCGGCUUUCAGGUAAUAGAUGAAGAGGACGAUGUAACAUCAGACUUCUACCAUGAUUUAACUCCCCUGAGUGACAGUGCUUAUGAAAGUAGUUCGUCCACUCACGCUGGUCAAAGAUCUUCUGGUAUCCCAUUUUUAUUCUCAAAAAAGACGCGAGUUAAAGUCACAUCAUCAUCCUCCUUCAAGAAGGCCAUUGAAGCCUCAUAUGAAAAGAAUUCCAACUUUAUUAGAGUCCACAAAAUCAUUUCUAUUGCAAACUUCACAAUGAAACAGUCAAAUCUGCAGCUCUCAGAUGUCUUUCUGAAAGCACUGAACCACCUGCCCCUGGAGUACAACUACGCUUUAUACAGCAGAAUAUUUGAUGACUUUGGCACUCAUUACUACACCUCUGGGAAGAUGGGUGGUUCCUAUGACAUUCUUUACCAGUACAGCUCUGAGGAACUGAAGAACUCAGGCCUGGCAGUGGAUGAAUCAACAGAGUGUGUCCGAACAGAAACAACAAGGCGUGUGUUCUUCCGGAAGAAAAAGAAAGUCAGUACCAGAUGCACCACAAACAGGAUGACUGUGAAACAUGAAGGUUCUAUUUUGGAGUCAGCUGAACGGUCAGUCUCCCUGGUAAAAGGUGGCAGGUCAGGAUAUGCAGCAGCACUGGCCUGGGAGAAAAAAGGGGCUUUUCCAGGACACACAGUCUUCACAGACUGGCUGGAAUCAACAAAGGACAAUCCCGUGGUGGUUGACUUUGAGGUGUCACCCAUCGUGGAUUUGGUGAAAAACAUGCCGUGUGCCGUGACCAAACGUCGCAACCUGAGGAGAGCCCUGAGAGAAUAUGUGGGCAGGUUUGACCCUUGCCGGUGCGCCCCGUGCCCCAACAACGGCAGGGCUGGGCCUGUGCUUUCUGGAACAGAGUGCCUCUGCCUCUGCCAGGCCGGCACCUACGGCAGAAACUGUGAGACACAAGCCCCGGGUUACAAAUCAGUUGGUGUCGACGGCCGCUGGGGCUGCUGGUCUGAGUGGAGUUCAUGUGAUGCUUCCUUCAAGAGAAGAAGGACCCGAGAGUGUAAUAACCCCUCACCAAUGAACGGUGGGAAGCCCUGUGAAGGUGAACGGGAAGAAGAGGAGGAUUGUUAUGUCUCUGUGUUCAUGGACGGAGGUGCUCCUUGUAUAAAUGAUGAUGAAGACAUGAGAGAAGAGGAUGUCCUGACUGGUGAACCUGAGUCUGGAUGCUCCAAGCCAUACCCACCAGAAAAUGGCUUUAUCAGGAAUGAAAAGAACAAUUAUGCUGUGGGGGAAGAAGCUGAAAUUGUCUGUGUGAGUGGCCAUGUCCUCAGUGGCUAUCAAUUCCUUCGGUGUCUGCCAGAUCAAACCUGGAUGCAGCAACCUGUUGAAUGUCAACCCUCGGUGUGCCUCAGGCCACCAACAUCUGACAGUGUCACAGUUUCCCCAUUUAAACAACAGUACAGCAUUGGUGAAACCGUUGAGCUGAGCUGCCAAGCCGGGUUUGUAGUCACUGGUCAAACUCAGUAUACCUGUAGGAAAGACCUGUCCUGGAUGCCUCCUAUUUUGAGGACUAUUACAUGUGAAAAAGAUGUGCAAACUGAAAUUAGAGGUGUUUGCAAACCAGGACAAAAGCAGGUUGGAUCUCAAUGUGUUUGUAUGUCUCCAGAAAAAGAUUGUAGCCAUUACUCAGAAGACAUCUGUGUGCUACAUGCUGUUUCUGAACAGAAUGUGACCAAGGCCAGCUGUCAGUAUGCAGCUGAAAAGUGCCUUGGAGAGCAGUCAUUUCAUUUCUUGCAUACUGGCCCUUGCCAUGGUGAUUCCAGUCUGGACUGGGCUAUUGAAAGGGCAGAGCUCUCUACAAAUAGCUUGAAGAAAGUACCCUGUGGCUAUGACACCUGCUAUGACUGGGAGGAAUGUCCAGACACACAGACCCAGUGCUCCUGCCUGAUGCCUUACCAGUGCCCCAAAGAAGAGAGACGCUUUCACUGCAUUCAAACGGGGUUGACAAGACGGAGGAGGACAGUCAGUCAUUGCAUGCUGGCAGCCAUGAAGUGUGCUGGCAUCAAACUGGAGGUGCUGGACCAGAGGAGCUGCCUGGUGUAA